ACUCGAACGGCGCUUCGUAUCGACGGAGGAAAAACGGAGUGUUUUUGCUGCCGGGUCUACGCGGCGAUAUUUAAUUACGAAUAUUAUAAUGAGUUAAACAGAGAUUUGAAAGAUGAAUUUUGUCACAGUCGUGGCCUGUUCAGAGCUCGUAACAAUCGGAGAUAGUGAAAUUGUGAAGCGUGAAAGAAGGCGAAGGACAGCUCCGAUAAUUUUUCCUUUUUGAUAUUAUUUUUCUUAAUAUCAAAAAAUGAUUCCUUUAUCGACGAAUAAUUUGUGCAAUUAUCGCUAUCAUUUCAUUAUCACAAUCCUAUAUUUGAGUCACGCUUCGGCGAGAAAAGCUUGCGACGUCAGAGUAGCAUCUUUGAAAUUUGCGUCUGAACGGGAUGGCGAAAUUUCUAACGAAGAAUCGAGGAGUCGACCCUUGUUAGAAGAAACUGCUGUAACAACGGUGAAAUUGUCGCUGACGAUUAACGAGUUUAAUAUUCUGGACGCAAAGAAUUUGGAUGUCGAAAUUGAUUUAGAGAUGACCCAGCGGUGGAACGACAGCAGACUGGGACCGGAUUAUAAAACGAGAAGAUUGGCGGCGAUGGGAGCAAUUUGGAAUCCGAAAAUUACAUUCGUCGUUGGCAAUAAUUGUCCGGAUAUUGCGGGGAACGACAGGACUCAAUUUUGGCGCGGUACUUCAGACGGAAGUGUCUUUUACAGCGAACGAUUUCUGGUGAAGCCAAGAUGCACGAAAGACUUGACGAAAUAUCCUUUUGACAAACAGAUUUGCUAUGUAAAAAUUGGAUCCUACAGAUUCACCGCCGAAGAAGUCAGUCUAGAAUGGACUUCCGGUAACGGCCGGGCAGUUGAAUCGCGAGUGGAUGAAGAAUUAGGUGAAUUUCGUAUUCAGGGGUUUAAUGAUUACGGUGAAACGGAAGUGAGGAGCGCCGGGAACUUCAGUGUUUUAGUACUGGAAAUUUAUCUGGCCAGAUACAGUCGCCGGGAAGUUAUCCAGAGCAUUUUGCCGAGCUUUGCGUUGGUCAAGAUUGCCUACGGUUCACUCUGGAUGAAACCGUCAGGUAAAAUAACGACAAGCCUAUUCUUGUGUAAUUUAACAAGUAUGUUGAAAGAAAAUUUUGCAGGAAUCCGUACGCGAAUAAUCACCUGCCAAUUAUCUCUCCUCGGGACUCUCUUCAUGUUUCUAAAUUCUAACUGCAGAUCGUGGAACUUGAGUCACUUGAAGGCCCUUGAUAUUUGGUUUCUGAUCUGUCUGGUUCUAAUCCUCAUACCGCUGGCCGAGAGCAUCCUAAUUCAUCACCUAAAUCCGGCAGAUGUGGAUAAUUUCGGCUGCAACGAGAACGAGCACGAGGCUGGUAAAAAAUGGAUCGUUUGGAUGGAGAAAGUUAUAUCGUUUCUGCAUCCGUUAGGCUUGCUAAUUUCGACCCUCAUAUUUUUCACGGCAUUCAACGGCGAAGGAGAAAAUAUCUAUACGAUCAAUUGGUGAGAGACGGAUCCAACAGUCAUGGGAACCAAAAACGGUUAAACGACAUUUGCAGGUUUUGUGUGAUUGUUGUAAUAAAAUCUUUAUCUUGUCGGUCGAAUCAAACUUGUACGACUUGUUUGGAUAUAAAUUCUUGGUCUCUGUCCCAAAGCGCCGAACAAAUCCAGUUCAGCUGAUAGGAGCAAUCGAAGAUUUCGGGUCUCGCCACCGCCUUGUUGGUAUCUAUUCUUAUCACUUUCACUUUCCACUUGUCUUCAAAUUCUUUAACCUGCACAUCGGACACGGCGAGCGUCGACCAAACCUUGUACCUGCGUAAAUCGAAACUGAAAUUGUUUAAACACUCUUUGAUUCGUUAUUUCUGCUACUUUGUUUUUUUUUUCCUCGGAUUUACACCAUCAAAUUGUCUGACAAAUAAACGAUAUCGUCACCUUGUUCCGACCACGAUGCUAGCUGGUUUUUCUUUCGUCGCUGCCAUUGAGUUCAUCAGCUGUGGAAGGUCGUUGAAAGUCGCCGUAUCGUCGAAGGAAAAUACACUGCAAAUCGCGUCGACUUUGUCUUUGCAGGCCUGCAGGUUGCAAAAAAAACAAAAAGAAAAAUGAAUAAACGAUUAAAGUGAUGUGUGGUGAUAUUUUCACGAUAUUUUAGGCGAUCGAAAUCGAUUAAUCGCUUAAAUAUAUACAUAUAAUAUUAAAGUAUA